UAUGUAAGACGGAGGGAAUGUUUAAGAUAGAGAUUUAUUUAUGAAAGAGAUGGAUAAUUUGAUAUCAUAAAACUAAUUUGGUUAAGCAGAAGUUUAAUUAACAAAAUAUAUUGAAAAGAAUGAAGCUGAUUCAGAUGCUUUUAAAAAGAGAUCUAAUUUAUAUUUGAAGAACGGUAAAUAUAUAUAAGCGUUGCAUGAUAUAGAGAAGGCUAUGCUUUUGGAUUCUUCAAUGCCUUGUUGCAAGAGCAGCUAUGAACAUUAUUAAAUAAAAAAGGGAUUAAUGAGAAUGAGUAAUGACAUUUGAA